AUGCCUGAACUCGAGCUUACCGGGGUGAACAUCGUUCUUUCAACUGUCGGAGCUUUCUUCAUUCUCUUUGGUGUAAUAUCAUCCAAGCUUAAGAACACCUGGUACAUUGGCGAAGCCCUUCCAGCUAUGCUCAUGGGCAUACUACUGGGCCCAGUGGCAGCCAAGUUCAUUGAUUCGUCAAAGUGGGCAUCUGCGGAGCCGGGACAACAGAAGGAAAUUACCCACAAUGGCUGCAGAGUCGUCAUCGGAAUCCACCUGGUGAUGGCGGGAUUUCAGCUUCCGGCAAGGUUCCAGCUUCUCCGAUGGAAGAGGUUGAUUGGAAUGCUGCCAGUGAUGACCAUCAUGUGGCUUCUUACAUCACUCUGCGUAUUCAUGAUCAUUCCAGACCUUACAUGGCUCAGUAGUCUCGUCAUCGGCUCCUGCCUCGCGUGCACCGACCCCGUCCUAUCUCAGGUUAUUGCCAGGGGAGCUUUCGCUGAAAAAUACAUACCGCUUCACCUCCGGGAAGAUCUUUCCUCUGAGGCGGGCGCAAACGACAGCUUUGCUUUUCCCUCCCUCAUGCUGGCCACAUUCCUGAUCCGCCACGCAGCCGUGCCCGGGAGCGGCAAGGCAAACAGUGACGGAGAGGUGAUAGAGAAUGUAGAAAGGGUUGGUAGAAUAGGCGGUGGCGUGGGUGUGGCGCUCAAAAUGUGGUUUCUUGAGACGUGGCUAUACACUGUGCUGUUGAGUAUCGUUUAUGGCGCCCUCGUUGGAUAUGCCAGUUGUCUGGUCCUCAGGCUGGCAUUGAGAAGGGGUUGGAUUGACACUGGAAAUUUCUUCCUUUUCCCGACAGUAAUAGGCCUCUUCGUCCUCGGCAGCGCUGAGGCUAUUGGCACGGAGGAUCUCCUUGCCUGCUUUGCGGCCGGAAACGCACUCAACUGGAACGGCCUUUACCAAGAAGAGUGCAGCAACAGGUGUGACGCUGUUAACCCAGCCAUAUCCUCUUUCCUCAACCUCGGCGCGUUUCUUUACCUCGGAUCCGUCAUGCCGUGGGAUACUUUCAGUUCUCCGAACAUCACAUACCCACGUCUAUUUGCACUAGGGUUUGCACUUUUGCUCUUCCGGAGAAUCCCGGCUACUAUGAUUUCUUAUACAGUGUUUCCGAAGCUGUAUGCCAACGCUAGAGAAGCAUUGGUUUUAGGACACUUGGGGCCACUCGGUGUUGGCGCAAUAUUUUUUGCGGAACACACGCGCGAACUCUUUCCCGAACUUGGCGAAGGUGACGAAGAAGAAACCAACCUCAUUGCCGCUUUGACACCCACCGUAUACUGGAUGGUGUUCUUCUCCAUCGUUGUUCAUGGGAUCUCCGUUCCCAUCAUACACCUUGUAUACAAAUAUCUCAGCGUGCCCACAAUCCAAGAGGGCACUUCAGAGACCCUGCCAUUCUCUCGGAGAGCAUCACUUUCCGAUAAGAACGUAGUUGAGCGCCGAGAGCAGUCGGAUUUCAAAGAGACCAUUGAUCACGGUACACAAAGUCUAGACCUAUCGGACCUCAAGGAUGAAGCCUGGAAAGGGCAUGAGAGCGUAAUAGGCCCGUUUAGGUGGAGUGUUGAGCAAGAGUACUGCAGAGUCACCAGUGAUCGGUGCAAUACAUUGGCAUAA